GGAAAGUUACCCGUCUACAAGUUUUGAAUUAUACAUUUAGACUGCACUGCACGCAAGAUCCUCUUUUGUGCAAGCUUUUGUUAAAACAGUCCAACAUACAGAACAUGGUAUGCAUUUUUGUGGGGGGUGGGGAUAUUGACAGUGAAAGUUCUGUUAGUAACUAGUACCACUGCCCAGUCUUUGAAGUACAUUUUUUUUCAUGAAAUGGCUUUUCUUACUGCAGAUUCUACGUCGAUGAUGUUCCGAUCAGAGAAGUGGUAAGAACCCCAACAAUGGGUGGAGAUUUCCCAUCGAAACCGAUGUCUCUAUACGCGACGAUAUGGGAUGGAUCGGACUGGGCCACCAAUGGAGGGAAGUACAGGGUGAACUACAACUACGCGCCUUACACCACCGAGUUCUCCGACUUCGCCCUCCAUGGCUGCGCCGCCGACCCCACAGAUCACUCCACAUCAACGUGCGACGCCUCCUACACCACGCUAUCGAAAGCCGAAGCAAUCUCCGGGUCGCAGAGGACCAAGAUGGACAGGUUCAGGACCAAGUACAUGACAUACUCCUACUGCUACGACCGUGUUCGAUACAAGACCCCACUGUCCGAAUGUGUGAUCAGCCCGCAAGAAGCACAGCGGCUCAAGUCGUUCGAUCCUGUCACUUUCGGUGGAGGUAGGCCCCGCCACCAUGGGAGGAGGCACCGGAGGAACCAGCGAGCAGCAGCAGUCAAUGGUGAGGCCAUUUCUAUGUGAGAAUACAAUCAAUGAAGCAUGUUUUGCCCAGAAUGGAAUAAUGGAAUGUAUGUCUUGGUGGUACAUGCAUGAAUGUGGAUGGGUGGUGGUGGGGAAGGGGGGGAUUUUUGGUGUUUGAUUCUGUUGGUUCUUCAUACUAUUGUUAUUUUUGUGAAUAGAAAGAUGAAAGAAAGAGCAUAGAUUCUUAAGAGAGUGGUUUGUGGUGGUGGUGGUGGUGGUGGUGACUGGUGAGGGAGUGAUGGGUGUAUUCAUGGUUUUUCAUAUUAUUAUAAAAGUAUAUGGGUUAUGUGUAUAGAUUCAUAGUUUUAAUCUUCUGUUUUUCUUCUUCUGUUGGUCCAAUUUAUUUUCUGUGGCAUUGGCUUUUUGUUUGGUGGGGAAAUUGAAUAUGGUGAUGGUUGUUUGUCAUUUUUCAAUGUAUCCCCAUGAACACACUCUUUUGCCCGUUGGGAGAGGUUGUGACUUGUGAUGAAUGAAUAAAAAAAGGUUUA